AUGGUCCUCAUUGCAGCAGUCGCAGCAGACCAGAUUCAUGGCAAGGAAGUCUCUGCUGGCUGUGUCAAGGCUUAUCAAGAUGCCUUUGAGCCGGAAUUGAACCGCACAUCCAAGUACAUGGCGCUGAUUAAGCUUGUAACGACACCACCAGAACUUGUGGCACGCGCGACCAAGGCUGGCGAGGCACUUCAAGCCUACCAGACUGCCUUGAAGAAAGUAGACGCAGAUCUCGCUGCACCCGUUUCUGAGACUGAUCGCCAGACGCUCCAUGAGACACAAAGGGCAACAGAGGAUGUGGCACCAGUGCUGCGGGAGCUUAGCAACAGCACAGAUGAGGCGGUCAGGACGGCAUUGAAGGACUUUAGAGAAGCACGAAUCAUUGAACUCAAGGCGAAUGCUGCCGUGGAUGCUGCUUGUCCGCAGGAUGUCGAGUAG